GGUUGAAGUUGCCAGAUCAUCAUCAACACCCACUCCUUCCACUAUUUACUACUAUAGCCAUCUUAGGCACUUCUUUUCAAGUCUCUCACUUAUGUUCUUUGCCUCUUAAGUAGAUCUGCCGGCCACCUAAUCAGCCAGGCGCAUCCCACUCACUCCCUUAUACCACCUUCGAGUCCUCCACUAUUCUUUUACCCACGCCUCGAGCCAAUUGAAGGUCAAUGGCACGCACGAAACAACUCACACCGAUGCGCCGCGAGCCCUCCGAAGUCUUUAAACGUUCGAAUGGCGCCAUCGACAAGCACAUGCGCCUGAACGGCAGCGCGAACGGACAAGCAAAGGGGACUGGAGAGGAAGAUGCGGAGCCUAAGCAAGCAGGGCUCACGCAGUUGGUUAUAUGCAUAGGAGGGAUAUAUAUGAGCUUUUUGACUUGGGCACUUCUCCAAGAGCGCAUAACCACCACAACCUACGGACCUAAAUCGCAACGAUUCAAUUAUUCGGUCUUCCUAAACACCGUUCAGUCUGCCUUCGCAGCCUUGACAGGCUAUGUCUACUUAUACCUCUCCGCCCCGAAAACCGCGUCCGGACGGGCCAUACCACCCAUUUUCCCGUCUCGCGCCAUACUCCUCCCCCUCUCGCUCAUCGCAGUCACCAGCUCGCUCGCCUCUCCGUUCGGUUACGCGAGCUUGAAACAUCUAGACUAUAUAACCUUCAUCCUAGCUAAGAGCUGCAAACUACUACCAGUCAUGUUCCUCCACCUGACCGUUUUCCAAAAACGCUACCCGAUAUACAAGUAUAUGGUCGUGGCCAUGGUGACCCUCGGCGUGGCAGUAUUCACACUGCACCAUCCAGGCACGAGCAAGAAGGCCAGCAAGAGCACCAAUUUAAAUGGAAGCUCUAACCUUGGCCUCUUCCUUCUCGGCGUCAACCUCCUCUUCGACGGUAUCACCAAUACCGUCCAGGACAAUAUUUUCACCACCUACCGCCCUUACACCGGUCCGCAGAUGAUGUGCGCCCAGAACAUUAUGAGCACGCUCUUGACAGUCUCCUUCCUGUUCCUCUCGCCGUACCUAGCAGCCACAGGCCUCGGUGACUGGAUCGGAAUCUCUAGCAACGGCGGCGAGCUGAAAGAGGCUCUUAGCUUCGUCACAACGUACCCAGAUGUCGGCUGGGACGUUCUCGGCUUCGCGGCGUGCGGCGCCGUUGGGCAGGUGUUUAUCUUCUACACGCUGUCGAAUUUCUCGAGCUUGUUGCUCGUCACGGUGACAGUGACGCGCAAGAUGCUGACGAUGCUGCUGAGUGUAGUCUGGUUCGGGCACCAGAUUUCUAGCAUGCAGUGGGUGGGUGUGGGGCUCGUGUUUGGCGGGAUUGGGGCUGAGGGGUUGAUUACGAGAAGGGAGAAGCUGGCGAAGGAGAGGGCGAAAAAGGAGGCUGCGUUGAAGAAAGGGGGAAAUAAACAGUUGUAG